AUGCAACAUAUCAAUAUUACAACUAUAAAGCACUUUAUCAUCACUGGAUUCCCUGGUCUUCCACCUGAUUAUUAUGGACCUGUGUCUGUUCUUCUUCUUCUCAUUUUCCUAGCUAUCGUGGUUGGAAAUGCUUUCAUUUUAGCUGUUAUUAUGUUUGAGAGGACCCUCCACAAGCCAACAUACUUUAUCUUUUUUUACCUUGCAAUGAUAGACAUGGCAUUUGGAAUUGUGACUCUUCCAAAAAUCAUUGCUGUAUAUUGGUGGAAUGACAGGAUAACUUCAUUUGACGCCUGUUUCACACAGAUGUAUUUUGUCCAUGCUUUGGGAGCUAGUCAGUCUUUAAUUUUGCUGGUAAUGGCUUUAGAUCGCUUUGUUGCCAUAUGGUUUCCUUUUCGAUAUCCUGCUGUGAUUACAAACAAAGCUGUUUCUAUUACUUGUAGCCUGUGCUGGGUUGUAACAUUCAUACGUAUGUUGGGGCUUGUGCUUCAUGCCUUAACUUUGCCCUACUGCAACCAAAAUAUCAUCACACAGUGCUACUGUGAUCACCUAUCAGUAACUCAGCUGGGGUGUGGUGAAAAUGUAGCAUAUGUUAAAAGUGUUGCACUUGUAAAUUCCUUGCUUACUCUCUUGGUUCCUUUAACAUUCAUCAUUUUUUCUUAUGUUUCUAUUAUUAUAGCUGUUCUAAAAAUGUCUCACACUGAGAGGUACCACAAAGUCCUGUCCACCUUUGCUCCUCAGAUCUUUAUUACCUGCCUUUAUUAUGUGCCAAGAUGUUUUGUUUAUCUUGCUCACUAUUUGGGAUACAGUUUCAGUACUGAUGCCCGCAUUGUUAUUACCAUGUUGUACAGCUUGAUACCGCCUGUAGUUAAUCCAAUGAUAUACUGUUUCAAGACAAAGGACAUUAAAGAAGCUUUAAUGCAGAGAUUUAAAAAUAGAAAUGUAAGAAUACAUUUUGGGACUGGUUAG